UCUCGCGAUAUUUACAUUGUUCCCGGGAUCGUUUUUUCUCUCGAGGCUAGCUAACCACCGGCAAGUCAGCAUGCCGUCUAUAGAAUACGACGAUUCAAAGCCUAGCUGGGCCGACCAGGUGGAAGAGGAGGGAGACGAAGACGUCCUCCCUUUACCAAAGGAGACGGUCAAAGGUAAUAUCAAGACCAUCACAGAAUACAAGAUUGACGAUGAUGGCAAAAAGAGUAAGAUUGUCCGAACUUUCAAAAUUGAGACAAGGAAAGCAUCCAAAGCUGUUGCUAGGAGAAAGAAUUGGAAAAAGUUUGGCAAUUCUGAAUAUGACCAACCAGGUCCUAAUGUUGCCACCACCACAGUGAGUGAUGAUGUCUUCAUGACCUUCAUCUCCAGUAAGGAGGACUUGAAUGCUCAAGACCAGGAUGAUGAUCCCAUGAACAAAAUCAAAGGGCAGAAGAUUGUGUCCUGCCGUAUUUGUAAGGGGGAUCACUGGACCACCCGCUGUCCAUACAAAGAUACUCUGGGCCCCAUGCAGAAGGAGCUGGCUGAGCAGUUGGGCCUGUCCACUGGGGAUAAAGAGAAGGCCACAGAGCCUGAGCCUGUUCAGCCGGUCCAGAGCAAGACUGGCAAGUAUGUUCCUCCCAGCCUGAGAGAUGGUGGCACGCGCAGAGGGGAGUCCAUGCAGCCCAACCGCAGAGCUGAUGACAACGCUACAAUUCGUGUCACCAACUUGUCUGAGGAUACGAGAGAAACUGAUCUCCAGGAGCUCUUCAGACCAUUUGGCUCCAUCUCCAGGAUCUACCUGGCCAAGGACAAAAACACAGGCCAAUCUAAAGGUUUUGCCUUCAUCAGUUUCCAUCGGCGUGAGGAUGCUGCCAGAGCCAUUGCGGGAGUGUCUGGCUUUGGUUAUGAUCAUCUCAUCCUCAAUGUGGAAUGGGCCAAACCUUCCAACAACUGAAAACGUGGGGCUUCAUUUAUAUUCCAAAAGGUUGAUUGAGCAAUCGUCCAAUAGUGUAUGGCUGUUAAUGAAAUAAACUUGCUAAUAAUUA